UCAAAUCACUGUCGUGUCCUGUCUAAGCAUGAACAAGGAAAUAUGACUAAACGUGCCAAUCAUCGGGAAAAACGCGAACAUGCUUUUGUGACCAAUAGCCUACAGAAUGCAUUGAGUUGAACUUUACUAUACCAAGAUUGUAGGUUAUUUACCCAGGAACUAUCUGGAUAUUCUUGUUAACAUGGGGAGAAGAAGGGGACAGGAAUAUGACGAGGACUUUACGUUUGUUAGUCCAGUGGUCAAAUAUUUACUUUUCAUUUUCAACCUAAUUUUUUGGAUUAUCUCCUUGGUGAUGGUAUCCAUUGGUGUGUAUGCCCGGAUGAUGAAGCAGGCAGAGGCCGCUAUGGCCUGUCUGUCCGUGGACCCUGCCAUCCUGUUGAUGGUCGUGGGGGUGUUGAUGUUUCUCAUCACCUUCACUGGCUGUGUGGGCUCCCUUAGAGAGAACAUCUGCCUCCUGCAAACGUUCUGCAUCUGCCUGACAAUAAUCUUCCUGCUUCAGUUAGCUGCUGGCGUCCUUGGCUUUGUCUUCUCAGAUAAGGCUCGUAAUAGAGUGACUGAGAUCAUCAACAGGGCUAUCGUUCAUUACAGGGAUGACAUUGAUCUUCAAAACCUCAUUGACUUCGGACAGAAAGAAUUCAGCUGCUGUGGAGGUGUGACAUAUACCGACUGGUCCCAGAACAUGUACUUUAACUGCACUCCAGACAACCCCAGCCGAGAGCGCUGCUCUGUCCCGUUCUCCUGCUGCCUCAUAUCCAAAGACCAGGCGGUCAUCAACACGAUGUGUGGCCAGGGGAUGCAGGAGCUGAAGUACUUGGAGGCUGGAGCCUUCAUCUAUACCAACGGCUGCAUCGACAAGCUGGUGAACUGGAUCCACAGCAACCUGUUUCUGCUCGGGGGCAUAGCCCUGGGCCUGGCCAUACCACAGCUGGUGGGGAUCCUCUUGUCCCAAGUCCUGAUCAACCAGAUCAAGGACCAGAUCGAGCUUCAGAACUACAACCAGCUGCACCAUUCUGAUCCAUGGGGCUGAUCCACUGACAUCCAGCACCAUCCAUCCAUCCAGACUGGAGCAGCCUGGACCAGGACUGGGGAUAUUUGUAUGGGAGGGUGUGUGGUGGGUCUUUAUUGCCCUCUACUGGACAUGGACCCAACUUGCAUGUUGGUCAACUUGCAAGACAAUACAAUGAUGCUUUCAGCCUGAGGAGAUCCUGGUUGGGUAUGGAUUAGCCAGUUAAAACUGGCCAAGACCAAAAUGCCAAAUGUUUUUGAAAAAGUUUUUAAACCAUCUGAUCAUCAUAUAACCCAUCUCUGCUUAUCAUAUAUCUAUCUAUCUAUCAUGGUACUGGACAUUGAAAAUGGAAAUAAAAGUAGUCUAAAGGCUAUCAAUCCUGUUAUGUUAGUUUUUGUGAAUAUAGGUUACUGUGGGUCGCUGUUUAAUGAUUGGAAAUAAGAUCAUGUUGUACAUAUUUUAGUGAACUUUGUAUAUAAGGCGUGGUUGUGUGUCUCCUGCCUGACAACCAUCUCUGUUACAAAUGAUUUAAUACUUUUCAGGGGUAUUGACUUUUUGUAAAGUUUUUGAUAUUUCGAUUUACGUUACAAAUAGGUCUUCUCCCGUGGUAUCUUGAAUGAUUGUUUUGAAUGUUUCAAAUACAUAUUUUGAGAAAUAAGAUGUUUAUAGAUCUUAAUAAAUAUUUUCUUUUGACUGAA